AUGGAGCGCCUGGCCUCCUUCAGCAACGACCCUUUUGAUAAACCACCUUGCCGAGGCUGCUCUUCCUACCUCAUGGAACCGUACAUCAAAUGUGCAGAAUGUGGGCCUCCUCCCUUUCUCCUGUGUUUGCAGUGUUUCACACGAGGAUUUGAGUAUAAGAAACACCAGAGCGAUCAUACUUAUGAAAUCAUGACGUCAGAUUUUCCUGUUCUGGAUCCCAGCUGGACAGCUCAGGAGGAAAUGGCACUUCUAGAGGCCGUGAUGGACUGUGGAUUUGGAAACUGGCAGGACGUGGCCAAUCAGAUGUGCACAAAAGCAAAGGAGGAGUGUGAGAAACAUUAUAUGAAACACUUCAUCAACAAUCCCUUGUUUGCAUCUACGUUGCUGAAUUUGAAGCAGGCAGAAGAGGCACAAAACGCUGACACGGCCAUUCCAUUCCACCCUGCUGAUGAUCCUCCACGACCUACCUUUGAUUCCUUGCUCUCCAGGGACAUGGCUGGGUACAUGCCAGCUAGAGCUGACUUUAUUGAGGAGUUUGACAACUAUGCUGAAUGGGAUUUGAGAGAUAUAGAUUUUGUGGAAGAUGAUUCAGACAUUUUACAUGCUUUGAAGAUUGCAGUUGUAGAUAUCUAUCACUCCAGGUUAAAGGAAAGGCAGAGGAGAAAAAAAAUUAUAAGAGACCAUGGCCUCAUCAACCUCAGAAAAUUUCAGAUUCUGGAGAGACGAUACCCAAAGGAGGUCCAAGACCUUUAUGAAACAAUGCGACGGUUUGCAAGAAUUUUAGGCCCAGUGGAGCAUGACAAGUUCAUUGAAAGCCAUGCACUGGAAUUUGAACUGCGAAGGGAAAUAAAGCGUCUACAGGAAUACAGGACGGCAGGAAUCACUAACUUCUGUAGUGCAAGAACUUACGAUCACCUCAAGAAGACGCGAGAGGAGGAGCGCCUAAAGCGCACGAUGCUUUCCGAAGUCCUCCAGUACAUCCAGGACAGCAGCGCCUGCCAGCAAUGGCUCAGUCGACAAGCUGACAUUGAUUCUGGCCUGAGUCCCACAAUGCCAGUUGCUUCAAAUUCAGGUAGACGGAGCGCCCCCCCACUGAACCUCACGGGUCUCCCAGGCACAGAGAAACUUAACGAGAAGGAGAAAGAGCUCUGUCAGAUGGUGAGAUUGGUCCCUGGAGCCUAUUUAGAAUAUAAAGCUGCUUUAGUGAAUGAGUGUAACAAGCAAGGAGGCUUGAGAUUAGCCCAGGCUAGAGCACUCAUCAAGAUCGAUGUGAACAAAACCAGGAAAAUCUAUGACUUCCUGAUCAGAGAAGGAUACAUCACCAAAGCCUAAAGACACAUGUAGAAUCCCUGGCACGAGU